AUGUUCUUGAUGAAUUUACUGUGGUUAUUAGUAGAAGGCAACAUAGUCCAUGUAUGGUCAAUUAAUGAAGGGUAUGGUGAUGAUGUGGCGCCCAAUAAAAACACGGAAAAAUUUAAAAUUAUCAGUAAACCCUGCGAUAAGAAAGCCGAUUUGUUUAUGCUGCAACAUAAACACCUUAGCGCCGAAGGAUUUGAUGCUCCACCGCCAGCUGGAUCAACUAUAUGGCCGUUUUUUGUAAAACGUAUAGCCCAUUCAAAUUUACUUCUCGUUGUUGUAAAAAAUGCAGAAAGCAGUCAAAGUCAUUUGAGUGUAAAUCCAGUUAAAGUGGAGUAUAAAAACACAUCAGGUAUAAUCACAGAUCAUAGUUGCAACAAACUGAAUCUCAACUCUUUUUAUAGACGCAAACUGGGAGGAUGUUAUAAUAGUCAUCCGGAGGAGCCAAACACCAAAGUGUGUUCAAAAUGUAAUAUUAUCAAGUCAACAAUAUUAUUUGUAUUGGUAACGAGCAAUUUAUGUAUGCAUAUUUAA